AUCAACAGAAAGCUGUACGAGAUGAUGAAGUUGACGUCCAUCGGUAUUCUGUUUGCGUCCGUUGCAGUGGCACUGUCGUAAUUAAUUACUAUAAUUUCUGUAUGUCCCUCAUGCAUGAUUUCCAGCUCACAUGAUGAUUGCCAUUUGGGCAAUCGGUGUAUCCGUUUCUGGUCAACGCUGCCGUCAGAAUAUCUCCUAUUGCGCAUCAUUGAAAUCAACUUCAUCAAAUCAGUUUCAGUGGAUUAUGUUCCAUCGAUUAAAUCUAAUUUAGGUCAGAUUGAUGCUCCCGAUGUCAGUGGCAGAAACUGAAUUCGCACAUUUAUAGCUAGGCGGAAUGUGUUUUACUUUCUGAUUUAAUCUUUCGUACAAUUUAUAGUGUUUGGCCAUACCGUUCGAUGUUUUCUCUUCGUUCAGUUUAAUCUCCAUUUCAGCGUCAUGCUUGAUGGAUGUCCGUGAAUGAUACGGUCGGCUGUUUGCAGAAAUCUUUUCUGGGUUGAGACGUUCUGUUUGUUAUCGGAAAAUAUAAAUGUCACCGCUUUCAGACUACCUAAGUCGUUAUAGAUAACUCACGCCAUAGAACACGCAGAGAUCAUUGAGACCGUAACCGCAGGAUAAUGGGUGAUGGUUAACCGAGGUGAUUAAAUGGCUUAAAGGCUUUACGAUUAAGAUACGAUGGCGUGACACGUGUCUCGAACACAGAAAGCCGACAUGGAUUCGAUAAACAUCACAAUCCCUACUAGCGCAAGAUUCCGGUCGCCGAUAUAUCAUACCUAUCUCGUGGAGGUGGAUGUAAGUGGGGAAUAGCUCUAACCAUCUGAUCGUUCGCUCAUUCGCGAUUUAUCUCCAGUAUCGUUUUAUUCGCCGUGCUUAAAUAAACGUAUGCAAAGUUGUCGUAUGCAUGCCGAUAAUCAGGAAAGAUCCAAGCCUCGUCUUCGUGGAAUUGGAAAUCCUCGGUUGAGGCAGGGCACACGCGAGCAGAAAUCUACAAGAAGUCACUCAUCUUUAAAAGUGAAUUUAUCAAUCGACGAAAUUGAUAUUAAGUAUACAACGAAAAUUAAUACAUUGAAUUAUGACGAUUGACAAAAUCGAGACACCGGGACAAUUUAUACAGGUGCCAACCCAGAAUUUUGAACCAUCAGAACGAUGGCGAAUUAUGAAGAAUAUUUUAGUGAUUGGUUGCGCUUUUAUGGUGAAUUUUACGGCUUUCAUGGGAGCCGCAAACUUACAAAGCUCGAUCAACGCAGAUCAAUCAUUAGGUACAUUUACAUUGUCGGCGAUUUAUGGCAGUCUACUCUUCAGCAACAUUUUUCUACCCGCCUUAAUCAUAAGUUGGUUAGGAUGCAAAUGGACAAUGUCGGUUUCUAUAAUGGCUUACAUGCCUUUUAUAGUUUCGCAGUUUUAUCCCAAAUUUUAUACCAUGAUUCCCGCUGGAUUAUUGGUUGGAUUAGGCGGUGGACCGCUUUGGUGCGCAAAAUGUACUUAUUUAACCGUUGCGGCAGAAGCUUACUCGACCAUUUCAGAUAUAGCUGCGGAUGUCCUUGUUACAAGAUUCUUUGGUCUUUUCUUCAUGUUUUAUCAAAUGGCACAGGUGUGGGGAAAUCUUAUAUCUUCAGCAGUUCUUUCGUACGGAAUCGACACGGUCGAUACGAACGUGACUCUGAACAGUAGCAUCGUGGCCGAGAUUUGCGGAGCAAAUUUCUGCGGAGUGUCUGCGGAAAACGAAAAUCCGAAUCUGCUACGACCUCCGGCAGAACGAAUAUAUCUUAUUUCUGGAAUUUAUUUAGGCUGUAUGAUAUUAGCUUGUCUAAUAAUUGCAUUCGCCGUCGAUCCCUUAUCUAGAUACGAUAGAAAUAGAGCCCGCUUGGUGAAAGGAACGUCUGGAUUCAAGCUCUUGGCCGUGACAUUAAAACUAUUGAAAGAGAAGAAUCAACUUUUAAUAUUGCCGAUAACGUUGUUUAUCGGGGCCGAACAAGCGUUUUUAUUUGCUGAUUAUAGCGCAUCAUUCGUUUCCUGUGCUUGGGGAAUAAGUAAUAUCGGUUACGUGAUGAUAUGUUUUGGUAUCACAAAUGCCAUAGCUGCGCUCGCUACAGGAGCCGUCGUGAAAUUGACUGGAAGAAAACCCGUGAUGAUUUUUGCUUUUUGUUUGCACUUAAGUCUUUUCAUCUUUAUGUUACAGUGGAACCCGACACCAGAACAGGGUAUCGUCUUCUUUCUGUUGUCGGGUUUAUGGGGUGUGUGCGAUUCGAUCUGGCUAGUGCAAGUUAAUGCUUUAAGUGGUAUAUUAUUUCCUGGUCGAGAAGAAGCAGCUUUUUCAAAUUUCCGUUUGUGGGAGUCCACUGGUUCAGUGAUAACGUACGUGUACAGCCCAUAUCUGUGCACGUAUAUGAAGCUGUAUCUUUUAAUCGGAAUAUUGUGCGUUGGAAUGGUUGGUUUCGGUGUUAUCGAGUGGUCAGGCAUUCGGGUGGAGAGAACUGUUUCUGAAGAUAAGCGUGAUGUUGAGUUAAUGGCUAACAAAGAGAUCAAUCGAUAAAGUGUAGUAGUAGCAAUAAGGUAUCGUCUUUUUCAGUUGACGGAAUUGUAGGAAACUGUCGAAAUAUUUUUAUCUUUUGAUAUUAUCAAAAAAUGUCAAAAAAAAUUUGACGGAAAAAUUUAAAAAAAUCUUUGAAACGCGCCUAAAAUUUCUUUAUGCUAAUUCUGUUAUUAAAAUAUAUAAAAAAUAAAAUGCACUCUACUGCAUGUACCUGAAAUUACUAAAAUAAGAAAAAAAAGUUUUUUAAAUAAAAUAACUUUGUCACGAAGACGAAAUUUAAGAAGUUUAGCGUAAUAUUUUAGAACUGAUGUUACAAAUUUCAUUUAAUAAUUACAAAUAUAAUUAUAAUUAUAAAGAAGACAUGCAUAUGAUAUAACAGUUACUCAUCUGAAAUCGAAAUAAGUUUUAAUCACAAAGAAUUAUGGAUACGACCUUUUGUUAUUUGUACCACAAUAUAUGUUUUUAUUUUAUUUUUGUGGACACCUACUAAAUUUUACACAGGUAUUCGCUUAACGGCUAAGAUUCUUGUCCUUCAUUUUAAAUACGUAAUUUAAUGUUACAUCAUGUGCCUAGGUGCUAACAUUCAAGCUAAAGCUACGGCUGCUUAGUUUAAUUGUAUACUUAUGUGCUUAAUUGCCGACUGUGUGUUUAUUUCGUUGCCGAGAUCAAUUGAUUCCCGCCUUCGGGCGAAGGCAGAUUACCGAGCUGCGUGAUUUUCUCAUAGACCGACCGACGUUUUCCGAUAACGGCAAUGUCGAAUCAAUUGAUCGGCGAAUUGUAGUUUAGCAUCGUUAAAUUGCUGAUUGUAUCGUGAUUAUUAGCUUAACUUUGCAUUCAUCGUAUUUACAAUUCAAGUUCUGCAGUUUAGUUAUAUACUUUAUAAAACGUAGUAGGAACUUUGGUUUCGCUGGGCAAUGUUUCAUGAGCAGUUUCCUCUUAUUGAUUUGUGACUUUAUAUUUCGUAUCUCGACAUGGUUCUUUUUAGAGGGUAUUUCUUUCUUCUUUAUUGUACGCGCGCAGUUGUAAAGUAUCUACCCGUUUCUCGUUUCGUCUAGUUUUAAUUUACGAAAAUUACCGGACAAGGCGAACAAUUCAGCUGGAAACUGCUAUAAAACAUUCGCCCGUGGAUCUAUCUUCCUUAAUAUGACACUCACGAAUACAAUUCACUUUUUUUUUGUAAUACUCAUGUUUAUAUUUUCGUAAGGAUCUAUUUGAAUAUUUCAAUUUCACGAAGAAAAUACACAUAAUUCUUAAACCGUC